AUGGAUUCUAGAACGGCUAGAACGGUGCGAGAGCGUGCCAACGUCGUUCGACGCGAUGGCGUUAGAAAGAGACGGAAGAUCAUCACACGGCACGGUCAGGCACUACUACCGACAUCGCCGACUGUGCCGAUUGUGCCACUGCCUCCCUCCGGCCUCGGCAGUGUCAGUAUAGAGAAUGAGAUUGGGGCGCAGAUGAUCAUCCCAACGCCGUCUUCCGACUCCAGCACUCGGACCUACCAGUCGGAAGGAUUCAUUUCCCACAGCUCCGUCCUGUCAUACGACUCAAUCACCCAGCCAAUGGCCAUGCAUGAUGGCCUUCAGCCACGGAUUCUCCAGGCUAGAGAUAUCAUUUUGGGCGCGACACAGGCGAAUAUCCUCCCAGCUCCAUCGCUGAGAAAAGCUUUGACGGACAGCUUCAUUGAAAAUGUCCUUCCUUACUGUCCCGUCGUUGAUUGCAAAGACCUCGCGGACGAGAACUCGUCGAUCCUGCUUCAGUUAGCGGUGUGUCUCGUCGGCAGCCUCAUGCGUCAUGAUUCCAGCAGCCUGCAACUGAGUUAUUCCCUUUACGAAAAGAUUCAAGCUCUACUUUACAUCGAUUUCGAAAAUGAUAAUAUGACCCUGCUGAAGACGUUCUGCCUUCUGUCAUGCUGGGCUCCAGCCUCUCCGUAUCGGGUUACGCUUCAUGGGCCGUGGCAUUGGACAGGGAUGGCAAAUACUGAAACACUUAUGGUUGCCUGUUGGGGCCGCCCGCGUUCUCUGAAGCUGGAGGAUUGUGACGUGCAGCCCCUCGCGGCUUCAGACUUCGCCGCUGAAGGUGUAUCUGCCAUGGUUUCUCUUCAUUUCACGAGACUGAUGAACGUUGUUCGUAUUGUUGCAGAAUUGAACACCAAAAAGGGGGUCCCCUCUGAGCAUGAAGUUGAAGGAAUAAUAGCAUCGCUAUGUAAUUGGUAUCGAGGUCUGCCAGAGGAGUUGCGACUUCACAACCAAAACGGAACCCGAAGACCAUUUCACCGUCUCACUUCGGAGUUACAUAUCCACUAUUUGACGACGAUCAUACUCAUUCAGAUGCUCAGCAAAGACCGCCAUUCCCCGUGGCGGACUUCCCCCGCCUCUAUUGUGGCAGCGUCUUGCGUUGCUCAUCUGUACGAAGAAAUACACUGCAGAGAACAAGCCGUUCAUCUGCUCAGUAUCAAUGGAUUCUUGGCUUUAGUUGCAGCAAUUGUGUUGGUUUUCCAGCGCCCGCAGUCGCCAGAGAAAGAGGUCAUUCGCAACAAUGGCGUCGAUAGCAUUUGUUCCGUGCUACGCACCAUGUGUACCAAGUAUGGCGGGCCGAGAUCAGUGCUCAAAAGGGUUCAGGGGCUUCAAUUGAAUGCUGAGGGUAGGGAGCCUCCCGCCAAUUACCACCAGAACGAUGGCCCUGCGUCAUGCGCCCCGUGGGUAGCAAGGGCUGUCAGCAAACAUGUUGAUGACCUGUUUCCCUUUCCGCGUAGCCUUUGCGAGAAUAUGGUCAUUUUGGGUCUAGCGGAAAUACAGUCGGACGAUCUGUCAGUUCAUGCAGCAGGAGCCGCGGAUUCGAUGCCUUUUGAGCAAAUGUCAGACUCCGGGUUUUCGUUGAUGGACAUUCUGGAAAUGGAUUUCGAUGUCUUUGAAACCAUGAAUGGCUGCAUAUAG